GCUCAGGCAACGAGGGAGGAGUCAAAAGAAAGAAUUGUAAGUGGAAACAAAGACGUGGGUUACACCUUUUGUGUGUUGGGAUCCAGACACAGAAAACAACAGGACUGACAUUUAAAUUGUGUUGUGUACGUGCAUUUAUGACAACAAAAACAUAUAUCACUGAGAGGAUCUCAGUUCAAAAAAGCAGGAACUAAAGUGGACAAACAAGCCACCUAAAGAGCAGCAAUGAGGUUUCUAGCAAUCAUAGUCGUGAUCACCAUUUUGGUGGCCUUGGGACUGUUGUUUAUCAUCACGGGGCAACAACAGAUUUCGGGCUUACAACACAACAAGCUUGAAGAACUUCAGUCUCAGGAAGCGAAGCUCAAUGUUGACCUGUCCAAUGCCAAUAUCCUCAAAGCAACCCUGGUGAAGCUGGUGACCGAGGGGAGUGCAGUGAUGAAGGACAUGGAUGACAGGAUGGACAAGCAGGUUCAAGAGAUUGAGGAGAAGAAAAAGGAAAGUGAAGUCUGUGAAGGAGAGAAGACAGCAAAGAACAACAAGCUGGCAGAGCUGCAGAAAGAGAAAGGUGACGCUGAAGGUCAAUUUAAGACAGAGUCUGAGGAGUGGAACAAGGAGAUCACAUCUCUAAAAGAACAGCUUGCGACACGAAGCAAGAUAUGUGAUUAUGUGCCAAAAACUAAUACGGCAGCUGAGAAACUGUGUGACCUAAAAUGAAUACCAGCUGCUGCACGACAUCAGAAAUUACAUCUGACAAGGAUCACCCCUGGCUUUGUCUCGUUGUGGACACAAAGAAACCUACAGAUUUCAGCAGGAUUAUGGAAUCCUGGAAUUGGAUAAGGCAAGAGUAGAAUUUUCCAUUCAACAUUGCAAGAAAGGCCAUUUCUCAAUAUUUUUAAAGUUUGCAUUUCAAAAAUUGUUGACUUCCAGGAAUUUGGCAAUCUUGGUGUCUAUUUAAAAUCUACAGUGAAAACAUUUAUCUGCGAUGUUCUCAGUACUGCAUUAUUAUUUUUUUUUUUUCUGUCAGUCUUGGUCAGGAUUAUUAGUACAUUUUAAAAUAUCAAGGUUUACUGGAUGUUAUCAGCCAUUGUCAAUUAUGCACCCAAACAAACACAAAACCAAUAAUUACAAAGUUAUCCAGCAGGUUUGAAGGGCCACAAAUCAAUCUGGCUCUUCUUUCAUCUUCUCCUGUUAGGGGUCGCCACAACAGAUCAAUUGAUUCCAUCUCACUCUGUCCUCUGUAUCUUCCUCUGUUACACCAGCCACCUGCAUGUCCUCCCUCACCACAUCCAUAAAUCUCCUCUUUGGCCACCCUCUUCUUGUCCUGCCUGAUGGCUCCAUCCUCAGCAUCCUUCUCCCUAUAUACCCUGGGUCCCUCCUCCGCACAUGUCCAAGCCAUCUCAUCUCAUAAAUCAAUCUGGAUAAAUGGUUGAAUAACAAUAAAUAUUAAAAUAAAUUAAUAAUAUAUGUUGAUGUUGUGUGAACUAUUAUAUUAUAUUAUAUUAUAUUGUACAUUUUAUACUACAAAUCAUACUUUACUAUUGGAUAAGUUACAGAAGCAUGGUAUUAGAGGAUUAGCAUAUGAUUAGAUAGCUAGCUAUUUACACAUCAGGUAUCAGUGUGUCCAUAUUGGGAUAAAUUCUGAAUUUUUGAAGAUUACAUGUGGGAUGCCCCAGAGAUCAGUCCUUGGGCUGUUGUUGUUUCUGUUAUAUAUUAAUGAUAUAUGUUUGGUUCCUAAGUCUGUGAGUUGUAUUUUGUUUGCCGAUGAUACGACUGUGUUUUGUAGUGGGAAUCAUUUGGGACAGCUCUUGGACACGAAUGAGAGGGAAUUACUGAAUUUCAAACAAUGGUUUGAUUCAAACAAAUUAUCACUUAGUAGAAAUUUAGUAUUAAAUGAUGCUGAAUUUGUAACUGAAACCAUAUUUCUUUGAGUUUUUAUUGAUGAUAAAUUAAGAUGGAAAACUCAUAUUAAUUAUGUUAAAUCUAAAAUUUCAAAAGCCAUCACAAUUCUGUGUAAAGCACAAGACUUCCUCUACCAACAUUUGUUAGUUACGCUAACAAAUGUUGGGAGACAACAUGCUCACUGACUAAAUGCCACACUACUAUUAUUGUGAACACCCCUUUUUCUACUUUUUUACUAAUAGCCCAAUUUCAUAGCCUUAAGAGUGUGCAUAUCAUGAAUGCUUUGUCUUGUUGGAUUUGUGAGA